GACCGCAUUUUAUAAACUAAACCAUGGCUGGCGGUCGAGAAUCUUAUCGAAUAAAAGAUGCUGAAAAGAAACGUGUCCUCGAUGAAGCUGCCCGACAACGACGUGCCCGUAAGGCUCUAGAGGCUUUAGAGCAAGACAAUUUCCAUGAAGAUCCUCAUGCGGAUUUGGUAAUGUCCAAGAAAUUACCUAAAUUUCAAGAUGGCUUGAAAAAUACAAAAGAAAAGAAAUCAAAACGCAAAGGACCUGAAUAUUAUCGCGCGAAAUAUCGUAAAAACUUUCAACAGCUACUGGAAGAAGAAAAACAAUUACAUCCCGAUCCACCGAAUUAUAGCAGCGCUUUGGCUCCGCCUCCAAAAACGCCGCAGCGACAUUUUUGUGCCGUCUGCGGUAACUUUUCCAAAUAUUCUUGCACAGCUUGUGGGACACGUUAUUGUUGCAUACGAUGCUUAAGCACUCAUCAGGACACCAGAUGCUUAAAAUGGACAGCCUAAAUCAUUAUUAAUUUUCAUCUUUCCAAUAACUCAUUGCAUAUAAAUUUUUACAACUGAAUAAGUUUUCUAUUUUCUUUUUCCUACGAACUAAUGUAUAGAAGUGUGGCAACAUUAAUAAAUAUUCUAUUUGUCAAAGAGUGGUAACAAUAUCAAUAAAUAUUUUGCAUAG